GGCUCAGAGCCGGGGCUUCCCCCACCCCGCUCCCGCCGCCGCCACCGCCAGCAGCGCCAGCCGGAGUCGUCGCCAUUCGCCAUGCAGCCUGCCUCUGCGAAGUGGUACGACCGCAGGGACUACGUCUUCGUGGAGUUCUGCGUGGAGGACAGCAAAGAUGUCAAUGUAAACUUCGAGAAGUCCAAACUCACCUUCAGCUGUCUGGGAGGAAGCGACAACUUCAAACACCUAAACGAAAUUGACCUUUUCAACAACAUUGAUCCCAACGAGUCCAAGCACAAAAGAACAGACAGAUCCAUCCUCUGCUGCCUACGGAAAGGGGAAUCUGGCCAGGCGUGGCCCCGGCUAACGAAAGAGAGGGCGAAGCUCAACUGGCUCAGUGUGGACUUCAACAACUGGAAGGAUUGGGAGGAUGACUCAGAUGAGGACAUGUCCAACUUUGACCGCUUCUCUGAGAUGAUGAACAACAUGGGUGGAGACGACGACGUAGACUUGCCAGAAGUAGACGGGGCAGAUGAUGACUCACCAGACAGUGAUGAUGAAAAAAUGCCAGAUCUGGAGUAAACAAAAGCGUCGUCUUCAGGGUUUGGGGAAAGAGCUUCAUCACAACAUUUCAUAAUUGAGAUAAGAAUUUCCUGAGUUGAUAGGGCCCUAAAGGGAGAUCCUGCAUCCUUUAACCCAUUUUCAGUCCAUUUUAAAUGGCUUCACUGAUGGUAGGUGUGUUCCCGUUGCACGGGGCGGUCUCGAGAGGCAAUAACGUUCUGCAUGAACCCUUGAUCCAGACUUCCAACCCCGCGAGGCGCAGGGCCAGCGAUCCCCAGCAGUCGCAAUAAAGUUUACAGAGCCUCCUCCCUCCGCCUCCUGCCCCUCCCCCUCCUCCUGCCCCCUCCUCCCUGCCUCGCAGCAGCUCUCAUUACAAAAA